AUGCCCAGCCUGCUCCGCCACCUGUCGCGUCCGCUCAGCCUUGCCGGUCUGGUGACCGUGCUGGCGGUCGGCCUGUCAUUCGCGGUGCAGCGCGGCGAGGCCGCCCCCAGCCUGCUGUUGCUUGCUGGGUUCCUGUUGCUGUUCGUGCUGCACGGUUGGGCGUCGAUGCCGUCGCGCGUGCGAGCCGUCGCCGCCGUGCUGCAGGCGCUGCUGGCGAUUGCCCUGGUCGCGUUGCAGCCGCGCACCGGCACCGCCCCCGUGCUGCUGGUGGUGCUGGUUGCGCAGCUGGCCGAGCACUGGCCGCCGCGCUUCGUGCUGGGUGUCGCAUUGCUAGCCAACCUGGCGAUGUAUGCGGUGCUGCGCCACAGUGGCUUCAGCCAGCCGCUGCUGGUGGUGCUGCUGUACGGCGGCUUCCAGGCGUUCGCCGCACUGACCGCACACUACGCACGCAGCACGGCCCUGGCCCGCGAUGACCUGGCCCGGGUCAACGCGGAUCUUCUGGCCACGCGCGCAUUGCUGGCCGACAGCGCCCGCGAUGCCGAGCGCCUGCGCCUGGCGCGCGAACUGCAUGAUGUGGCCGGCCACAAGCUCACCGCGAUGCGGUUGAACCUGCGCGCACUGGCGGCUGAUCCUGCGCUGGCCGGGCGCGACGGCUUGGUGCUGGCCGAGCAGUUGUCGGGCGAACUGCUGGCCGACAUCCGCCAAGUGGUGCAGUCGAUGCGCGAUGAUCGCGGCCUCGAUCUGGCCACCGCACUGCACGCGCUGGCCGCACCCUUCCCACGGCCGAAGCUGCAACUGCGGAUCGGCGAGGGCGUGCGCGUGACCGAUCCGCUGAUGGCCGAGACUGUGCUGCGGCUGGUGCAGGAAGCGCUGACCAAUGCGGCCCGGCAUGGCAACGCAGGCACCGUAUGGCUGACGAUCAACGAAGAGGAUUCCCGGUUGCGCAUCGAUAUCCAUGAUGACGGCCAGCGUGCCGAACGCAUCCGCGAAGGCAACGGCAUUGCCGGCAUGCGGCGGCAUGCUGCUGACCGCAUGGGUGCCGGCAUGAGCGGCGCCGCGAUCCGUGUUGCCCUGGCCGACGACCAGGCGCUGGUCCGCGCCGGCCUGCGUGCGCUGCUGCAGGGGCUGGGGGUGGAGGUGGUGCUGGAGGCCGAGGAAGGCCAGGCACUACUCGAUGCGCUGCUCACGCAGCCGGUGGACGUGGUGCUCAGUGAUGUCCGCAUGCCGGGCCUGGAUGGCAUCGAAGCGCUUCGCCAGCUGCGCGCACGUGGCGAUGCCACGCCGCUGCUGCUGUUGACCACCUUCGAUGAGAGCGACCUGCUGCUGCGUGCCAGCGAGGCUGGUGCACAGGGCUUCCUGCUGAAGGACGCCGCGCCUGCCGACCUGCGCGAGGCGAUCGAGCGCGUCGCCGCCGGCGAGACGCUGCUGAUGCCGGUCAGCACCGAGCCGGUACGCGCCCGCUAA